CGAACCGGAUCCGCCGCAUAUGCGCUUGCGGGGAAGUGUCCAAACGAGAAAGUGGAACGAUCGGGUAGCGAAGCGAAGUGCACUGUGAAUAAGAACUACAAAAGAACUGUGUGUUAAGUAAUUAUUGACGUUGAAAAAAGUACAAUAACUGUUAAAUUUCGGAACAAUACCUAGCGAAGUAAAAAUGUCUUUAGGGAGAUCACCCACCGAAAAAUCCAGCACGUGUGUUGUAAAUCGUGCUGAUUCAAACGAUCUGAGUGUAUUAAUUCACCUGCGAAAUGUAUUGAAAACAAAAUUGACACGAAUGAAAAAUUCCAUCCAACAAGCUGAAGAGAAUGGUGUUGAGCUGACAGUAUCGCAAGUGAAAGUGUAUAGCAGAAAAUUGGAAGCUACAUACAGCGAACAUAACGAUCUUCAUCAGCGGAUAAUGAAUCGGAUUGUCCCUGAAAAGCGCGAGGAACAGGAUUCCGAGUAUUUUGAGUUCGAGGCGUUACAAGAAGAAAUUUGUGUUUUUCUCGAGGAGUGUUUGGAAAAUCUCCCCGCUGCAGUACCAUCACCAGCAAAUCCCAGUCAGCAACCGUUGGUUAUCACCCAACCGCUGCCUCGUGCCAUACCGACCUUUGAUGGCAGUUAUACCCAGUGGGAAAAGUUCAAGGUGAUGUUUCGUGAUGUUGUGGACAAAUCCAAUGAGCCACCACGAAUAAAACUAUACCACCUGGAGAAGGCGCUGAUAGGCGAUGCUGCUGGUUUAAUAGAUGCCAGAACUAUCAGCGAUGGCAACUAUGAGCAGGCCUGGAGAAUCCUCGAGGAGCGAUUUGAAGAUAAGCGCAGAAUGAUCAUCCUUCACAUCGAUGGAUUAUUCGGUGUGCAACAGUUGUCGCAUGAAAGCCAUACCGAGCUACGAUCGUUAGUAGAAUGUGUGUCCGGAAAUGUAGAAAAUUUAAAGUUCUUAGGACAAGAUUUAGCUGGAAUAUAUGAGCAUAUGGUGAUCCAUCUGUUGACACAAGCACUGGAUGGCGAAACGAGAAAACUUUGGGAGACUACUAUCAAACGAGGUGAGCUUCCAAGUUAUUAUGAAACCAUAGCUUUUCUGAAGGAACGCGUGUCAUUGCUGGAGAGGUGUCAAGCAGCAGCCAGCUGUUCACAACACGAGCAAACACGAUCUAUUUUGAGACCAACUGUUCCGUUUGCAGCCGAAAGCAUCGAAAGGAUUAAGCCGUUAAGGAGCUUGAAGUGUGAUUUUUGCGGAAAUAACCAUCAGACAUUAAAAUGUGCUGAUUUUAACCAACUAUCGGUGGAUGAACGCUGCGAAAUGGUAAAGCAGAAUAGUGUGUGCUUCAAUUGUCUGAGACGUGGACAUCGUGUGUUUGACUGUCCAUCUCCCAAAUCAUGUACCAAGUGUCAUCGAAGACAUCACAGCUUGCUACAUCACAACCAAUCUGAGAAACCAAUCAACCCAUUGAGGAGAACCCACGAAAUGACGCCUGUUUCAUCGCCAGUUAUUGGAAUAAUGAAUCCUGUGACAGAGGAUCCAUCGAACAGCCAACCAUCAAGGACGACAGCUCAUUCCGUACAAUCGAUGGGUGAUCCAGUUGCAGUGCUGAGAACACACAAUGCCAUCCUCGACAACACCGAUGUCAAGAAGUCUGGAGAAUCUGCUUCAUCUAUUAAGGAGGAAGCCCGCGAGAGUUAUAGAUUAAAAACUCGUUGCCACACAGCUAAUAGACGACCUAUAACUCAAUUGCCGUCAAGGAACUAUAUCUCCAAACUGAGUAUCCCGCGAUUCAUACCUCCUCAGAGAUUUUCGAGGCCCAAGUCGAAACAGGACUACCAACCAUAUUUGAAAGCACCAUACCAUCAAAACCGUUCGUUCGCAUAUCGCCUAGAGUCAAGUGAGUCUAAAGAUCCUCUGGAUUUCACGAACUGCAAGUGCAGAUGCCAUCAACACAGCAUAUUCCGGCCGGGGAGUAUGUUCAGUUCCUGAAGAGAUAAUCGAAAUUCCAUCGCAACCCCCACCCCUAUGUUAUUCUCCUGCCAGCUGAGAGAGCAGCCUAGCAACGAUGAGAGGCAGUAUUUUUCCAACCGCAAAGCAGCAAACAACAAAAAAAGAGUGAGGCAGAACGUG